UGACUAGGUACUUUUCUCAAAUUGGGGUCGAGGGGAUGUCUUAUUUGCAGCAUUCCAAAAUCGGGUAGAAUCGAAGAACCCGAAACCUAAUCAGUGUCCAUAAACCCCUGGGUAGCUUCAAGAAUCUACAGCUUUACCACUGGGCAAGCCAGUGAAAGUAGAGCUUUGAAGCUCGGAGAAACUGACAAAAAAAAUUCCCUUUUCAAGAAUUAGCGUACACAUACUUUCUAUUUUUCCCGACUUCGCAGUUCCCUUUUUCUGUACUCAUCAUUUCCCAUUUCGCUGAAAAAAAUGCGAGCUUUUUCCGCUUUUGGCCCCCUUUUAUUUUUCUCGAGGGGUCUGUUGUCGGAGUUUUUAUCGGGGUUCCUCUGGGUUUGACAUGUUUAAUUCCAGUCACUUAAUUCUUUAUUUGAAUUUUACAAGUCUCAACACCAAGACAGACUUCUAGCUGGCAGAGGCUAUAUUGUGUACACAUUCACCUGUCUAGCUUCCCCAUUCUUACUUAGUAUCUCUUCUCUUAUACCACUGUGAGAACAUGGACGAUAAUUUUUGGGUGGAGGAAUUUAGUGGACAAGCAUCUGUUUGUACGAAAAGGAAGAGAAGAAUUGGGAAAAAGAAGAUUGAGUUCAUAGGCUGGGCUUCUAGGCCGUUGAUUGAAUUUCUUCAAGUUAUCGGCAAGGAUACAACAGUAAAACAUACUCAACGUGAGGUGGAAGCAUUUAUCACGGCUUAUGUUAACGACAAGCGUCUUGCAAGUGCAGAAAAGAAGAAGAAAAUCUUGUGUGACGAAACCCUUUAUGCUCUUUUUGGGAAGAAAUCCAUGCUCCGGACCAAAAUAUAUGACCUGCUCGAAGACCAUUUUGCUGAAAAUCACGAUGAGACAGAUGAUGAACUUGACAGCUCAGAUGAGGAAGACUGUGCAAGAAAAUCAGUCUCCAAAAGGAACCUGACUUGUCAGAUGAAGGUUUUCAAGUCUCCCAAGAGCUGCUUUGCUGCUGUUGUUCGUGAAAAUAUCAAACUCGUUUAUCUGAAGAGGAGCUUGAUUGAGAAACUUCUCAAGGAGCCCGAAAGCUUCGAGUUUAAAAUGGUGGGAAGCUUUGUUAGGAUGAAAUCUGAUCCUAACGACAUUUAUCAGAAGAAUCCCUUUCAGCUUCAGCAAGUCACGGGUGUAGAAAAGGUUCCUGGUGCUGGUGAUGCUGUUUCUGAAAUUCGCCUGAAGGUUUCCAAUUUUUUUAAGGAAAUCCCUGUUUCCAUGCUGUCAGAUGAAAACUUUUCAGAGGUUAUUAUUCAUCUAAACCUAAUCAUUCUAGAGGAAGAAAUCGAAGAUGUAAGGGACAGAGUUAAAGCUGGAUCUCUGAAAAGGCCGACUGUUAAAGAGCUUGAAGUGAAGGCUAAAAUACUGCAUGCUGAUAUAACGAAUCAUUGGAUUGGAAGAGAACUUUCUUUGUUACAGGAUACAUUGUUUGACUAUAUAGAUAGAAGAAAGUUGCUAAACACACCAUCCGAACGAGAGAAGUUACUCCUUAAAAUUCCUGAAGUGAUUGCUGAGGAAUUAGAGCCCGAAGUUAAGAAAACAGUUACUUCCGAGAAAGCGGACGGAUCUCCAAAGUCUAUUCUUAGGAUGAAUUCAGAUGCUUCCAAGACAGAUACUUCAGGGUCCAGAAGCAUUGUGGUCCCAGCCAUUCUCACAGGUAAAGCACAAAUUGGAGGCGUUGACACCAUUUUGCCAGUCAACAACCCAAAUGAUGCAGUCGAUGAAGCAGCAGCCAAUAUUGAACAAGCAAUGCCGGUUUUGAAUUUGUUGAAUGAUGGGAAAACCAAGGGCCCUAUGGAGAAACAAACACAGUUAGCGACUAGUGAUAAUUUAACUGUGAUUGACCUGAGUGAAGAUGAGGACUAUAAUAAUAAUAAUAAUAAUGUGCGUGAAAGUGAAAGGGCAGAGGAUGUUAUAUGGCACUAUUUUGAUCCACAGGGGCAAGUGCAGGGCCCGUUUUCGCUCUACUCUUUGAAAAGAUGGAGUGACCACAACUACUUUCAUUCAGGUUUCAGGGUUUGGAAAAGCGGUCAGACACAGAAUGAGAGUGUUCUAUUGGUAGAUGUUCUCAGCCGCACCUUUGGAAAUUGGGAGUGAGUAGUGUAAUGGUUUGCACAUUUUUAACUUUGUAUAUGACUACAGGUGUUUUUAGCAAAAUAAAGAGUUAUGCAAUAUUUCCAUUCAAACAAAAUUAUAAAGGUAUGAGAAUGAUUUGUUAUUCGAAUUGAUGAACAUUAAUUUUGUACUUUGAGUUGAUUUUAAUUGAAAGGUGUGAGAAUUGUGGGAGAGUAAUAUGUUAUGCUAUUUCUGUU